CUUAUCCCCAAGGAAGACCGCAAGAAGAUCCACGAGUACCUCUUCCGCGAGGGUGUGCUCGUGGCCAAGAAGGACUUCAACCUUCCCAAGCAUGGCGACAUUGACACCAAGAACCUCUACGUGAUCAAGGCCCUCCAGUCCCUUGACUCCCGCGGUUACGUCAAGACCCGCUUCUCGUGGCAGUACUACUACUACACCCUCACCCCCGAGGGUCUUGACUACCUCCGCGAGUGGCUCCACCUCCCCGCUGAGGUUGUCCCCGCUACCCACAUCAAGCAGCAGCGUUCCCACGCUCCCCCCCGUGGCAUGAUGGGUGGUGAGGAGCGCGAGCGCCGUCCCCGUGCUCCCCGUGAGGGUGGCUACCGCCGCCGCGAGCAGGGUGAGAACAAGGAGGGCGGUGCCCCCGGCGAGUUCGCCCCUAGCUUCCGUGGUGGCUUCGGCCGUGGCCGUGGUGCU